AUGAUGGGCACAAGCGACGUUGAUCCGAAGAGGAAGAAGGUCAAGCCAAAUCUUCCCUUGGAUGCGGCAGACGAAGAUGGCCUUGCCAUCCUCCCGCCCGAGAUUUGGACCCACAUCCUGAGCUACGUCGCGCUGUAUGGACGGCACAGCUCGGCAUCGGCGCUACACCAGCAGAGGGCGGGCGGCGAGUCGCAAGAGAGCGGAGAUGGCGACGAGCAAGACAGUGCCGAACACCAAGAUGGCGACCACCACCAGCAGCAGCAGCAAGGGGAAAACAAAGCGCGGCACAUGCAGGGACACGAAGAGGAUGCGGGAGAAUCGGGCGCGAGUAGUACGAUGCGGGCGAACGGCAACGCCUUCUCGGGUCCUUUGGGCAUCGCCACCCUCGUGUGCCGCCUGUGGCGUAAGGUGACGAAGUGCCGUGUGGACGCGCGGAAGCACAAACAGCACCUACGACAGUGCCUGCCCUUCCUCGCCGCCAACUGCGCCAAUCUGCGAAUGCUCAACCUCAGCAACUGCCGGAUCGUCGACUCGAUGCUGCACCACUUGCCCAGCGGCCUCACACACCUCGACCUCUCCUCGACACAGAUUACGGACGCGUGCAUCGAGUAUCUGCCCCUGUCGCUCCGAUACCUCUACCUGAGCGACAACAGCAUCACCAACGCGGGAGUUGAUGAUAUUCCACCACACGUUGACACGCUCGCCUUGGACUACACUCUAAUCAGUGUCGACAAGGAAGCCGCAGUGCUGGAACAGUUCACCUCACUUCGCUCCCUCUCGCUGUCCGCCUCCGAGGGAGUGACGGACAAGGGAGUGAGCGUGCUUCCCAGCCAGCUCGAGAAGCUGAUCCUGUCCUCAUCGGGCACGCUGGACGACUACCACCAAUUCGGCGAUGACGCCUUCUAUCGAUUCGGCACCCGCUACCCUCGUCUCACAGGCCUACGUCUCGACGACGUCGACAUCAGCGGCGCAGGCAUGCGAGAGCUGCAGCAAUGCACCAGUCUCAAGCAGCUUCAGCUGGCCUACUGCUCCUACAUCACCGACAACGACCUCGCCUUACUUCCUCCCAACCUUUCCUCGCUCGAGUUGCACCACCUACGACACGUGGAAGGUGAUGGCCUCAAGCACCUCCCUGGUUCCAUCGAACAUCUGUGCCUCCACCGGAUGCAGCAUCUGUCGGUGGAGACAAUCGCGGGGAACCUGCCCAAGCAGCUCAAGGUGCUCGUGCUCGAAGCCGCACCCAGCGGGUGGGUGGACGCCCUGCGCAAGUUGAUUCCCGCCCACAUCGCGCUCUCCGCUUCCGCCGCCGAAUCGUCAGCGAGGUGGUAA